UAUUUAUGUAACGAGGCGCAAAGUGAGUUUUGGAAGAAGAAAAAUAAUCUUGUUCUUCAAGGGUGUACAUACAUAACAUAAAUAAUAUAAACAAUCCAGCCCAUUUGGCUGAUUGACACAUUUAUUAGAUACGGUGACCGUGCGUAGUGUUCGGUUGCACCAAAAUAAUCAAGUGUUCUCUAAAUCAAAUAAGCUGUGUUUACUGCAAUAGAAUUUAGUGUUGUGUUGUAAUAAGCGAUUUGGUUUUGCAAAAUAGAAGAAAAUGGUUUUAGUAUCGAUGCUUCGACAGACAGCUGCCAAGCGAAUUCCUCUGAUAAAAUUCCGGCGUCAACGGGAAGAAGAAGUGGUUGCUGCUCGGAGUGGUUCGUUACAAAGUGGUGAUGCAAAAGGAAAAUCAUCAUCACCAGCUGCGGCAAUUAGCUUACCAACUAUCGAAGAUUGGCAAUUGCCAAACCGAUAUCGUAGAAAACCAUUGGACGCAUUCGAAAUCGAGUACAUCAAUCGAGGCGGUCCAGCUUAAGUCCAUCAACCGAAAUCGUUGCCAGAAGAAUCCAUAUAAUCUUAUUAGGUGUUGCAAAACGAGUUAAUUUUACACGAGAAAACGCAGAGCAAAUCGAAACGGAAAAAAUAUGCACAGAUAAAAUAAACGAAACAUACUUAACAUAAAUAGAAUAAUGAAUAAAAAUGUAUCUCGUUAGAAA